GCGCUUCCAAGGCGACCAGUAGUACCUCCCUGUCACCCUGCCUGCCAAGUUUGGAUCAGGAACUUCCCAGAAAAAAUUAUGCAACCAAGGUCAAAGAUAAAUAAGGAUUGAGGAUUUCACCCUUGGAGGAAGUUUCAACCUCGAUACACCUCAAGUUACUCCCUCGAUGACACAAACUGGUUGAUCAGUUUCAAAGGACGGACAAGCCCAGCCAGGUGCAUAAGAAAAGGAACAUUAUUAAGUGUCAGUUUCUGUGCCAACGAGAAUCCUAAUAUAGGGAGAAUACAGGCCAGAGGAUUGGAUAUCGUUCACAUUUGCUUUUCCUAUUUAAAGUAACCUAAGAUGCAAGCAAGCAACUUCUGACAAAAGCUGUAAGAUCGGGAAGGUCAUCGGAAGUGCUGAUGUAUUCAUCCAAAAAGGACAAUCUUCCCUCUCCCAUCCUGGAGGAGUCUUUCUUUCCGUUCUCUUCAUCAAACUUGUCUUCCAGUCACCGGAUCAUGGCUCCGACGGAUGAUCUGCUGGCCUCACCUCAGGAUGACCGUAGCCCGACGCUGUUAGAGAAGGACUUGAUUUUGGCUGCAGAGGUGGGACAAGCUUUGCUGGAGAAAAACGAGGAGCUGGCUGCCCAGCUGGAGCAGAUGGAGAGGGAGAUGGAGGCCACUCAGCAAGAGAAACACAUUCUGCAGCGACGCCUGGAGGUACGGGACCUCGAGGCAAGUCAGCGGGAAGCAGAACUACAGGCUGACAUCACAGUGCUGAGCGAGCAGCUGGACCAAAAACACCUUCAGAGUCGCGACCGGCGUCGCGAGGAGAGCGAGCAGCUGACUCAGCUGUCCAAUCACAACCAAAAACUUGUGGAACAGCUAGCGGAGGCAGUGGCGUUAGAACACACGUUACGGACUGAACUUCGUACUUUGAGAGAAGAAAUGGAGGAUACUAGUUUCAGCAAAUCCAUAAGCUCUGCUAGACUGGACAGUCUGCAAGCAGAGAACCGGGUUCUGAAAGAGCGCUGUGCUCAUAUGGACGACCGGCUGAAAUCAGCUCAAGAAGACAAUGACCGUCUGAGGUCUGAGAGGGAUGAAUUGAGAGAGAGAGUGAUGGAACUACAGACCACCCUGAAAGAUAAAGACACUGAGCUGGAACAGGAACACAGCAUAGUGUUUCAGCUGCGCACACUCAACCGCACCCUACAGCAAAAAGUUGAAGCCUUGGGAGAAGAGGCCAGUCUGGGGGAGGCUACCUGCUUCCCUUUGUCACUUCAGAGUGAGAUCCAGCAGUCUCAGGCCAAAGAAACCAUCCUUGCCCAUUCGGCCAUUCUACAAGUAAAAGAGGAGGAGAUUCAGAGGUUGCAGGAAGAGUUACAUUCCAGAGAAACUGAAUUAGAAAAGCUGAGGGAGGAGAUCAAGCCAUUUUGUAACAGUCCUGGUAAACCUACAUACAGUGCCUUGGAGGAGGAGAUUAUUUUGGCCCGGCAAGAACGAGAUGCGCUUAACCAGCAGCUUCUGAACACCAUAAAGCACAAGGUGGCGCUGUCACAGGAAGUCGAGUCUUGGCAGGAGGACAUGCGUCUGGUGAUCUGCCAUCAGGUUCAACUUCAACAGGAAGAGAGGGAAAAGCAUAAGGAGGAAGAACGGACAGGCCUCCAGAGAGGCUCUCGCACUUCGAGGUCUCUGCGUGUACGUGGUGAAGAUGGAAGGAAAAGCUUUUUCUCUUCACUAUUUGGGGUAGAUUAAUUGGAGGACAGUUCAGGAGUUGUAGGAGAUGGUACAAUAUAGAAAAAUGGUGUUUCCACUUUUGUAUUUUUUGUUUCAGCAUUGUAAAUAAUUUCCGAAAUCACAAAGUGUGUAAAUAGAAUUUAUUGUACUUCACUUUGGUGUUAUUGCACAUUUAUGUUUACCACUAUUUAUUUUCAACAAAACUGUUCAUAUCAUACACAUAAAUGUAUUUGCAUUUAUUUUUUUUGUCUUUUUUUGUCACAUGCACAAACAUGCCAUACACUAAUACACAGUGUAGGCAAACACGGUCAUUAUUGAUAUUUAAAAAUGUCAAAAUACAGGUUAAAACAUGAGUAGCAUUUCAAAUAAAAAGUCAAAGACCAGCUUCCAGGUUGAUCAGAUGUUAAACUGCUUCAUGUAGCACCGAGAGUCUGUUAUCAAAGUGUUGAUUGUACAUUCAUUUAUUAUAUUCUUCCAUAAUACUGGAUGUUACGUCCAACUCUGUCAGAAAGAGUUCCACUUCACUGCUCGCUGGCUCAAGAGUCUGAUCUGGUAGGUCAUAAAUUCUUGAUAAGAGAGUUCUUGCAUGUCCAGCAGCUCUGAACUCGUGUGGAUGGCUGUAGCCAUGUCUUAAAGGGAUAGUUCACCCAAAAAUUAUUUAAAAAAAAUAUUUCAGUGUUAAUUGACCCUUAUUUCAUUUUAAACCUGUAUGAUUUUAUUUCUUCUGCAGAACACAAAAGAUAGUUUGAAGUACGUUGGCACCCAUUGACUUCCACUGCAUAUGUGUAAAAGAAAUGUUAGACAUUUCUCAAAUAUCUUCUUUUGUGAAGAGUGAGUCAUAUACAUGGUUUGAACCAUAUGAGGGUGAAUAAAAGAUGACAGAAUUUUAGGUGAACUAUUCCUUUAAACUCCAC